AUGGCGGCGGCGGUCACGCACACGGUCUCGCCGGAGCGACUCCGCACGAUCGCGACGUCAAUCCCCAAGGUCGUGAUCAUGGUCGGAGACGAGGACAACGUCGUCGACACAAGCGAGAGCCGCUACAUAGCGGAGCACAUGCCCAACGCGGAACUCGUGGUGCUCGACGGCACGGGCCAUGGGAUCGCCAUGCAGCGCCCGGUGGAGUUUAACGCAGUGGUGGAGCGGGCGAUUCGGGAAGGGAGGGAGAAGCUUGCGCAGGAGCCCGGUGUCGCUGACGAGGGAAACGACGUGACUUGA